CCAUUCUUCACGUCACUUCCUAAACAUGGGUCUACUAGCACAAUCUUUAGCUCUUGUCAUGUUGUUGGUGCUGUUUCUGAUCAAAAUAGAGGCAAAUUCAACCCCACAAGAAGUGCACGAAAAUGGCACUAGUGCCUCACCGUGGUUGGUGAAGAAAGAUGAGAACCAAAUCAUUGGAUGUGCUGGAAGACCAUUUAUAUGCAACAGAGGAGAGUUUCCACCAAGGUCUCUAUGCUGUCGAAACCGUUGUGUGGAUGUGACUUCAGACAGACAAAACUGUGGUUUAUGUGGGAUUAGGUGCUUGUUUAAUAGGCAAUGCUGCAACCGUUUGUGCGUAAACACAAAUUUUAACAUUUUCAACUGUGGUGGGUGUGGAAGAGCGUGCCCCUUUGGGAGGUUAUGCAUAUUUGGAGUGUGUACCUUUCAGCAACCUCAGCCAAUAUCACCACCCUACCCUCCAAGUUCACCACAAAUGCCAGUAUCACCAAUAUUGUUCCCUCCAAAGUCACCACAACCUGAGCCAGUCUCACCAUCACCCCUAUACCCUCCAAAGUCACCACAACCUGAGCCAGUCUCACCAUCACCCCUAUACCCUCCAAAGUCACCACAACCUGAGCCAGUCUCACCAUCACCCCUAUACCCUCCAAAGUCACCACAACCUGAGCCAGUCUCACCAUCACCCCUAUACCCUCCAAAGUCACCACAACCUCAGCCAGUCUCACCAUCACCCCUAUACCCUCCAAAGUCACCACAACCUCGGCCAGUCUCACCAUCACCCUUAUACCCUCCAAAGUCACCACAACCUGAGCCAGUCUCACCAUCACCCCCAUACCCUCCAAAGUCACCACAACCUGAGCCAGUGUCAAUAUCACCAAUGUACCCUCCAAAGUCACAACCUAAUAAGCCAAUGUCAGCAUCACCUCUUUUGCCUCCGGUGCCUCAAUAGAAAAAGUCACCACAGCCACCGGGGAACCAACCUCACUAUCCCGGACUGCAACCUUCAAUGGAUUAGGUAUUAAUAGUUGUGGAUGGGGUCUCAAUGUUACUUCUCCCGGGAUAGAAGUUUGUGUCUGUUGUAAUAAUUUUAUAAAAUAAGAAUUGAGGUUUUUAUGUGCA